CUAUGGUCAAGUAGAAAUAAGCCAGGGUAGAGAAGAGUAGCAUGCUCUCAGCCCUUCCCACAAACUUGGCAUCCAUCCAAAUGGCCUUGACCACCAAGGCUGGCCUCCUUAGGCAAGUUGCUAGACUUGAAGGCACUAGUGUUGCCCUUCUCAGCAGGGCUCAGUCUGAGGGACUUGAUCGAAAGAGUGGGAGCAGGCAUGAAGAGAGUGGCUGAGGGGUGGCCUUAGGCCCCUCUCCCAGGUUCGAUGCAGCAGGUGUCCCCGGCAGAAGGACCUACAUGAACAAGCCCUAGAAGGCACGGUGAUGUGACCCUCAGCAGCAGCAGCAGUAUGACCAGUAUGCGGUGAGGAGCUGGUGUGAACUGGAACUGUGCCACGUGCUGGUGGCAUGAGGGUGAAUAAAGCAGACAGGCUGGUUUUCGGAAUAUACCUGGGACCAGAAAGUGUGUGUGGUUUAUUGCAGAGACACACAGAAGGCAGUUACAUCUGCAGAGCUGAGAACAACUGGAUCUUGUUCACACUCACCCAGAGGAAGACUCCUAGGAUUGUUGUGAGAACUAAAAGUAAGUGAAUUCAUACGAAGCAAUUGGAAAAGUGCCUGGUGCAUAGUGGGGUGUCAUCAACGACAAUAGUUAAUCAGUAUUAGGGUGAGGUCACACCUCCUUCCAGCCUGACGGAAACAAGGAGCUGGCGGGAGAUCUCUGAGACCCUGCUGCUGCCAUCAUGAGCUCAGAAAACCUCGGAGACCGCUUAGAUAUUGAGAUCUUCUUUGAGGAAGUCGCUGAGUGUCUCUGGGACAUACUGAGCAGGGAGGAACUGCUUCUCCUGCUGACUGAAUUCCUGAGGAAAAUUGAGGCAAAGGCUGGUUUGUCCAGGGAAGACAUGAAUGCAUUACAUGAAUAUCUGAAUGAAUUGAAAGGAGACUUGGCUGGGAAGGACCAGGAAACGCUCCCGAAAGAGCAGCUGGACAGGAGGAGGUUUCUGAGGAAGUUUCCUCGGGUGACGCAGCAGCUGGUGGAGCUCAUAAGCAAGCUCUGGGAGCUUGCAGACAAUGUAGACAAAGUCCACAGGGACUGUACCAUCUCCAAUGUGGUGACCCACAGCACCGGCGCUUUAUCUGGCGCCCUGACCAUCCUUGGCCUGGCUCUGGCACCUGUGACAGCCGGGGCCAGUAUGGCGCUCUCAGCCACUGGGAUAGGGCUGGGAACAGCAACUGCUGUGACCGCUGUGUCCACCAGCAUCGUGGAACAUGUAAAUAGGUCAUCAGCAGAAAAGAAAGCUCGUCAAUUGAUGUCAAUUGCUGUCAAGAAAUGGGAGGUGCUCCUAGAGGUACUCAAGAGCAACCCCCACAUUGUUGUCACAACAGAGAAAUUGGCAAAAGCCGAGAAACACCUGGAAAGAAAUAUCCAUGCCAUGGAGACAGGCGAAGCCAACCCUGACUCUGCAGCUAAUGCAAACAUCCUCGUGAGCCCUGGGAGAAUCUCAGCCCCAGCCAUCCAGCAGGUACAGGCAGCUUUCAAAGGCACGGCUUCAACAGUUACCAAAGGAGCCCAAAUCGUGGGUGCGGCCACUGCAGGUGUCUUCCUCCUGAUGGAUGUGGGCUUCCUGGUGAAGGAGUCAAUGCACCUGCAUGAUGGUGCAAAGACAGCAUCAGCUGAAAACCUGCGGCAGCGGGCCAGGGAGCUGGAGAGGAAGUUGGAGGAGCUCACCCAGAUCUAUAAGCGUCUGCAAGAGGACCCAACUCCACCACCCCCAGAGCACUGAGGGUCCAGGGACACAUUCAGGGUCAAGGUGCGGAGGCACCUUGUUAGGGGAAAAAGGAGAGUGAGACAAAAUUGUUGGAGCUGAGGGUUAGGAAACUGGAAUUUCUGCAGCUGAGCUCAGGAGGGGAGGGGUGAAUGUAGGUGAUAGAUGGGGAGAGAGGAGGAGCCCGGAUUAAGGGAGGAAGGGCGACUAGAGAAUGGGUGGGGGCCGAGGGAGAAUCCUCUUAUUUUUUUCAUAUUAUGAACCUUUUACUUUGUAUUGAGGAACAGGCGAUUAACAGUGGUGAGAUAGUUUCAGGUGGACAGUGAAGGGACUCAGCCAUGCACACACAUGUAUCCGUUCUCCCCCAACUCCCUUCCCAUCAGAAACCACUUACUUUGAACUAAAGAAUUCACUGGGGGCAGAAUAAAAGGAGAGGCAUGGGAACUAGCAACAAGAGACCAGAAAUACAAAAGGGUUGAAAGUGGGAGAUAGAGAGGCAGGAUUGUUGGGAUCCAGGAGAAGCAGCAGGGGCUGCUCUAUUGCCCUUCCCAGGGUUUGACGCCCCAGCAAGAAGAGUCUCCUCCUGGCGGUGGCCUCGAGCGCUACUGCUCCAAUCACUCACCUUUGAUUCCAGCAUUUUAUCUUAAUUAGGCUGUGACUUCUUUUGUCUGCUUGUUUCUUUAAUUGAAGUAGAGUUGAUUUACAAUAUUCUGUUAGUUCAGGUGUACAUUGAAGUGAUUCAGUUAUACAUAAUCUCUGUAUAUAUCUACAUUCUUUUUAAUUUUUUCAUUACAGAUUAUUAUAAGAUACUGAAUAUUAUUCCCUGUGCUAUACAUAAAGUCCUUGUUUUUUAAAUCUAUUUUAUGUAUGGUAGUGUACAUCUGCUAAUCCCAUACUCCUAGUUUACCCCUCUCUCUCUUUAGUAACAACAAGUUAUGUUUUCUAUGACUAUGAGUCUGUUUUGGUUUGUUCAUAAGUUCAUUUGUACUCUUUCUUUUGGCCAUGCCAAGCAGUUUGUGGGAUCUGAGAUCCCCAAUGUUGGAUAAACGUGGCCAUAGCAGCAAAACCACCAAAUUCUAACCACUAGACCGCCAGGGAACCACCUAGACUAUUUCUUAGAUUCUCCAUAUGAGUGAUAUUAUAUGUCUGUCUUUUCUGCCUGACUUACUUCACUUAGUAUGAUCACCUCUAGAUCCAUACAUGUUACUACAAAAGGCAUUAUUUCAUGCUUUUUAGGGCUGAGUAAUAUUCCAUUGUUUGUAUGUACCACAUUGUCUUUAUCCCUUCAUCUGGUGACAGACAUUUAGGUUACUUCCAAGUUUUGGCUAUUGUAAAUAGUACUUUUAUGAACAUGGGGUGCAUGUAUCUUUUCAAAUGGGAACUUUUUCUUUUCCAAACAUAUGCUCUGAAGUGGGAUUGCUUGAUCACAUGAUACCUCUAAUUUUAGUUUUUAAGGAACUUCUUUACCGUUUUCCAUAACAGCCACACCAAUUUACAUUCCCAGCAACUGUGUAGGAGGCUUGCCUUUUCUCCACAUCAUCUCCAAUAUUGAUUGUCUGUAGACUUUUACUUGAUGGCCCAUCUGAUUGGUAAGGGGGUGAUCCCUUAUGGUAGUUUUGAUUAGCAUACACACAGGAUGAGAUGGUUGGAUGGCAUCACUGACUCAGUGGAGAUGACUUUGAGUAGACUCCAGGAGUUGAUGAUGGACAGGGAGGCCUGGUGUGCUGUGGUCCAUGGGGUUGCGAAGUGUCGGACAUGACCCAGUGACUGAACUGAACUGAAUAAUUAGCAGUGUUCAGCCUCUUUACAUAUGCUGGCUAGCCAUCUAUAUAUCUUCUUUGAAGAAUGGUCUACAUCUCACUUCAGGCAGUGAUUUCUUGAUGACAAUGGUGGUGAUGGUGGUGGUGGCAGCGACAGUGAUGACAACACAGUGGAUGAAACAUCUGACAAGUAUCCAUCCAGGUGCCCUUUGAGUUCAGAGUGCACUGAGACCAGUGAAGUUCCCAUGAAAUUCCCAGUGUUGUGUAGGAACAGAGAUUGAUUUGGGAAAAAUAGUAAGAGGAAAGCAGAAUGCACCAACAGAUCAAGGAACUAAGUGGUGUGUCAAGGAGAUCAACCAGCCUGGGGCCAACAGACAAGGCCUCUCUGACCCUCAAUUUCCUCCUCAGUUGGGGAUGAAGUUAAACAAGGUAUUCUAGGACCAUCUGCCUCUCUCCACAUUGUGUUCUACAGACUUUAGUUCAAUAAAUAUGAGCUGAUUCA